AUGGAAGCUAAGGCCACUGUGGACUCAGCUUAUGAGUACUCCAGAAGAGAGAGCAUUGAACGUGUGAGGAGGAAUAUGGCGAAUCCUUCAGACAUCCUGCGGCUGUUGAAGCAGCCUGUGGGACUCACUCGUGACGCUGUGCGUGCUGCUGACUAUAUGGAUAAUACUGUGAAACUGAUCAAGAGGUCUUUGGAAAAACGUCAAAAACGCUCCAUAAAUGCCACAGAUCUGAUCUCUGAGGAGGAUCUGCAGGUCAUUGCUGAUCUGACAGGCUGUUCUCCCCGACAUCGUGUCCCCUCUUGCAAGAUGACUCCCAAUUUAGACAGGUUUCGCACUGCAAGUAGCGUCUGCAACAACAGAAAAAACACACGCUGGGGAUCUGCCAACACACCGUUCACCCGCUGGCUCCCUGCUGAGUACCAAGAUAAAAUCUCUCUGCCUAAAGGCUGGGACCCCAAGCAGAAAGUCAACAAACGCUUUCUUCCUUUGGUGAGGGAAGUGUCCAACCGUAUUCUACGCACUGCCACCUCUGACGUGGAGAGCGACCCACUAUACACUCACCUGGUGACAAUCUUCGGCCAAUGGACUGACCACGAUCUGACCUUCACUCCUCACUCUCCUGUCAUCCGCUCAUUCAGUAAUGGUAUCGACUGUGACAAGAGCUGUGAGCGCACAGAGCCCUGCUUCCCCAUCGAGCUUCCCAAGGAAGAUCCCCGCUUUGGCAGAAACUCAGAAGAGUGCAUCCCCUUCUUUCGCUCAGCAGCGGCUUGUGGAUCUGGCAACACGGGCCACAUCUUUGGUGCAAGCAAUGUCCGUGAGCAGAUGAACUCUCUCACAGCUUUCAUUGAUGUGGGUCAGGUGUAUGGCUCAGAUGAUACCAAAGCUCGCUUCCUCCGGAACCUCACUACAGAUGAGGGCCUGUUGAGAGUCAACACAGAGUAUACUGACAACGGCCGUGAGCUCCUGCCCUUCACCAGCAUGGGAGCCAACAUGUGUGCCACCCGGAGCCGCAUUACUAAUGACUUUAAUGUCGAGGAGGUGCAGUGCUUUCUAGCUGGUGAUGAGCGCUCCAAUGAGAACAUUGGUCUGACCUCUUUACACACACUGUUGAUGCGUGAGCACAACCGUCUGGCACGUGCUCUGGCCAAACUAAAUCCUCAUUGGAACGGAGAGAGACUCUACCAGGAGGCGCGCAAGAUCAUGGGAGGAUACUUCCAGGUUAUCACUUUCAGAGACUACUUGCUCCACAUUGUUGGUCCAGAUGUCAUUACCAACCAGCUGUCCACCUACCCUGGUUAUGAUGAAACCGUGGACCCCAGCAUCUCCAAUGUGUUCGCCACAGCUGCCUAUCGAUUCGCUCACCUGAUGGUUCAGCCCUUCAUGUUCCGUCUUAAUGAGCAGUACAAGGAGCACCAUGAAUUUCCCAGCCCAUUGCUGCACAAAGCCUUUUUCACACCAUGGAGGAUCAUCUUUGAAGGUGGUUUGGACCCAAUCCUAAGGGGGCUGGUGGGUCGCCAGGCCAAGCUGAACACUCAGGAUCAAAUGAUGACCGAUGAACUGAGAGAAAGGCUGUUUAAAUUCUCCACUGAGUUGGCACUGGAUCUGGCUGCUCUGAACCUACAGAGAGGCAGGGACCAUGGACUCCCUGGCUACAACAAAUGGCGCAAGUUCUGCGGGCUGUCACAACCAAAAAAUCGGAGACAGCUGGCUAAAGUUCUGAAAAAUGGUAAACUGGCCAGGAGCCUGCUGGAUCUCUAUGGCCGACCUGACAACAUUGACGUGUGGGUGGGAGGAGUCGCGGAGCCUUUUGUCCGUGGAGGAAGAGUGGGACCCCUGUUCGCCUGCCUGAUCGCCACUCAGUUCCAGAGGAUCCGAGAGGGAGACCGACUGUGGUGGGAGAACAAAGGAGUCUUCACUGAAGCCCAGAGAGAGUCCUUGGAGCAGACGUCACUUGCACGCAUCAUUUGUGACAACACUGGUAUAACUGAAGUACCAGAGCGACCCUUUGAAUAUCGGCCCCGAGGGUCCGGUUACACUAAAUGUAAGAACAUCCCGGCCUUUGACCUCAGUCCAUGGAAGGAGAAUACUGAGUAGAUGUCCUGAAAUCCUCAUUACAGCGGUCUGAGUAAAGAAAUGACAUCCCUAAGACAUUACUGACACAAAACUGCAAUAUUUAAAACCUGUAUCAUUGUUCAAUUCUGACAGUUUGCUUGUUUUGUUCUGUCAAAUGAAAUGAUUUACCUUAUGCAGUUUACCUAAAUGUUUUAUUUAAA